CCAAACUUUUGCAUGGAUUCACAUUACUUAGAUUUCUUUAAGCAAUCAUAUAUACAAAACCCAAUAAUACAUAAUAGACAUAUUUUCAAUUUCAUCCAAGAAAUGUCAAGUAUUUAACCAAAUCAAAACGAACAAUAUUAUAACGUUACACAAUUAUGGAGAAAUUUCCUCCACCAUCAUCUAGCACAUCAAAUGUUCAUUGUGUUGAUAUACAUGAAGCAUUAUCAGCAGAUGAUCAAGAACACCCACCAAAGCCGACCGCGGCGAGACGAGGCAGGCCCAAGCCUGUAAGGUUUCAAGAACAAGGAAGAAGGCUAGGAAAUAGGAAUCUAAGUAGACAAGUAUCACUUGAAACAGGAUUUUCUGUUUUGAAAGGGAAGCAAAAUGAGAGAAUUUCUUUAAAUAGAAGUGGGAGAAGUCUUGGUGGGGUUGGGUCUAAAAGUAGUAAUGUUGGGGUUGGGGUUGGUGUAGGGGAACCUAAGAAAGGAGAUUUUAGUAUGUUUAGGACUAAAUCUACUCUUACUAAACAAAACUCUUUGUUGCCUUCUACUUUUAAAAAGGAAAAUUAUGAUAUUGAUUUUAAUGAGAGGGUUAAUAAUAAUAAUAUUAUUAAUAAUAUUAUUAAUAAUAAUGUUAGUAAUAAUUAUAAUAAUAAUAAUAAUAAUAGUAAUAAUAAUGGGGGUCAUGAGGAAAAUGAAUCUGUUAAUAAAAGUGUUCCUGCUGGGAGGUACUACGCUGCUCUUAGAGGUCCUGAGCUAGAUCAAGUCAAGGAUUCAGAAGACAUACUUCUACCCAAAGAUGAAACAUGGCCGUUUCUCCUAAGAUUCCCAAUAAAUUGUUUUGGUAUAUGCUUAGGUCUAAGCAGCCAAUCCAUCUUAUGGAAGUCAAUAUCAACAAGCCCAUGCAUGAAAUUCCUCAACAUAACCCCAUACAUAAACCUUGUACUUUGGAACCUUUCCUUACUAAUCCUCUUAUUAGUAUCCAUCACAUAUUUACUCAAAUGUAUAUUCUACUUUGAAGCAGUCAAAAGAGAAUACUUCCACCCUGUUAGAGUAAACUUCUUUUUUGCUCCAUGGGUUGUAGCCAUGUUUAUGGCCAUAGGAGUUCCUCCCAUCAUAGCACACAACAAUCUUCACCCUUCGAUUUUCUUCCUUUUCGCGGGCCCACUUUUCGUCCUCGAGCUUAAGAUUUACGGGCAAUGGCUAUCAGGAGGAAAACGACGUUUAAGUAUGGUGGCUAACCCAUCUUCACAUCUAUCAGUAGUUGGUAACUUUGUUGGGGCAAUUGUGGGUGCUAAAGCAGGGCUGAUGGAGCCAGCAAAGUUCUUGUGGGCAGUGGGAUUUGCACAUUAUCUUGUGGUGUUUGUAACACUUUAUCAAAGAUUGCCUACAAGUGAAACAUUGCCAAAGGAAUUACACCCUGUUUAUUGUAUGUUUAUAGCAACACCUGCAGCAGCUAGUAUUGCUUGGGGUGCUAUUUAUGGUGAAUUUGAUGGGUUAUCAAGGACUUGCUACUUCAUUGCUUUGUUUCUUUAUAUCUCACUUGUUGUUCGACCUCAAUUCUUUACUGGUUUCAGGUUUUCAGUGUCAUGGUGGUCGUAUACUUUUCCGAUGACAACAGCAUCAAUUGCUACAAUCAAGUACGCAGAGGAAGCGCCUUCGGUAGUAAGCAAAGGCCUAGCGUUAUCACUCUCGUUCAUGUCUACUACAAUGGUGGCCAUACUAUUCGUUUCUACUUUUCUCCAUGGCUUCAUAUGGAAGACGUUGUUUCCAAAUGACCUUGCCAUUGCAAUAACAAAGAGGAGGCCAGCCAAGGAGCACACUAAGAAGUCUACAAAAAAACCUUACGACUUAAGGCGAUGGACAAAGCAAGCGCCUCUUUCCCUUGUUUCUGCUAUGACUAAGAACAACUCGUAAAACAACAGCAGUAAC